GUGAUUAUUUUAUUGAAUCCGAGUGCACGUGUAGUGAAAUGGCAGAAUUCAAUAGUAGGUGGAUUCGGGACAGGUUCAGCUGUUCAGUGUGUCUGGAUCUCCUGAAGGACCCAGUGACCAUCCCCUGUGGACACAGUUACUGUAUGAGCUGCAUUACUGACUGCUGGAAUCAAGAUGAGCAGAGGAGAGUUUACAGCUGCCCUCAGUGCAGACAAACCUUCACUCCAAGACCUGCUUUAAACAAGAAUGUGAUGCUGGCAGAAAUGGUGCAGAAAGCAAAGAUGACAAGAAGAGCCCAAAGAGUUGAUCCUGUUACCAGUUACGCUGGACGUGGAGAUGUGGAGUGUGAUGUUUGUACUGGGAGAAAACGCAAAGCUGUCAAGUCCUGUCUGUUGUGUCUCGAAUCUUACUGUGAAAGUCAUUUUGAGUGUCAUGAAGAAUCUCGCUCAAAGAAACGACACAAAGUGACUGAUGCCACUGGACGAAUGCAGGAGAUGAUCUGCUCUAAACAUGACCGACUGCUGGAGGUUUACUGUCGGACUGACCAGAAGUGUGUAUGUUUAAUGUGUGUGAUGGAGGAACACAAAAAUCACGACAGUGUUUCAGCUGAAGCAGAGAGGGCUGAGAAACAGAAACAGGUUGGAGAAAUACAAGGAAAAUGCCACAAGAAAAACCAAGAAAGGCAGAAGGAGAAUCUGAAGCUCAGAGAGGAUAUUAAAAAUCACAAGAGCUCUGCACAGACAGCAGUGGAGGACAGUGAGAGGAUCUUUACUGAACUCAUCCAGUCCAUUGAGAGAAGACGAUCUGAGGUCACACAGAUGAUCAGAGAUCGAGAAAAGACUGAAGUGAGUCGAGCUGAAGGACUCCUGAAGAAACUGGAGCAGGAGAUUGAAGACCAGAAAAAGAGAAACACUGAGCUGGAGCAGCUUUCACACACUGAUGAUCACAUACUUUUCCUACAGAGUUUCCAGUCACUCUCCGAAUCCCUGAAAUCUGCAGGCGUCCGCAGGCCAACCAUCAGUUCUGUCCAUCCUUAUGAUGAUAUGAGAAAAUCUGUCUGUAAUAUGAAGCAAAAACUGGAGCAGCUCUGCAAACAGACAACAGAGCAGAUAUCUGGUCAAGUAACAUACAUCAACAUUAUUUCCAACAAUGAACCCAAGACAAGGGAGGAGUUUCUACAAUAUUCCUGUAAGCUCACUCUGGAUUCAGACACUGCACAUAAACAGCUUCAUCUCUCUGAUGAGAACAGAGUGGCGUCUUUCACUGCAACAAUGCAUCCAUAUCCUGAUCAUCCGGACAGAUUUGAUACCUGGCCUCAGGUGUUGUGCAAAGAGAGUGUGUGUGGACGCUGUUACUGGGAGGUGGAGUGGACUGAUGGCGUCUCAAUAUCAGUGUCAUAUAAGAGCAUCAGCAGGAAGGGAGAAACUAAACAUUGUUCAUUUGGACAUACUAAUGAGUCCUGGAGAUUGCAGUGUUCUCAAUCCAGCCACUUAUUUUUGCAUAACGACAUAAAGACUAAACUCUGUGUAUCAAUGAGCUCCUCCAGAAUAGGAGUGUAUGUGGAUCACAGAGCAGGAAUUCUGUCCUUCUUCAGUGUUUCUCACACAAAAAUGAGCCUCAUCCAUAGAGUCCAGACCACAUUCACUCAACCGCUCUAUCCUGGGUUUGCGGUUUACGGAUCAAAAGUGAAACUAUGUAAUGUAAAAGAGUAGGUCGAGAUUUAGCUGUUGUUUUUUUGGUUUGUGGUUCAAUAUUAAAGCCACACUGCAUUUUUUUAUGUCAGUGUGAAACCAAAAUUUACAAUGUUUAUUUUGCUAGUGAGGGCGGCAUGGUGGCUCAGGGGUUAGCACUGUCGAAAGACAUGUGGUAUAAGUGAAUUGGGUAAACAAAAUUGCCAAUAGUGGCGAUACGGUGUCUCAGUGGUUAGCACAGCAAGAAGGUUGCUGGUUUGAGUCCCAGCUGGGCCAGUUGGCAUUUAUGUGUGGAGUUUGCAUGUUCUCCCUGUGUUGGCAUGGGUUUCCUCCGGGUGCUCCGGUUUCCCCCACAGUCCAAAGACAUGCGCUAUAGGGGAAUUGAAUGAACUAAAUUGGCCAUAAUGUAUGAAUGCGUGUGUGAAUGUAAGAGUGUACUGGUGUUUCCCAGUACUGGGUUGCAGCUGGAAGUGCAUCUGCUGUGUAAAACAUAUGCUGGAUAAGUUGGCGGGUCAUUCCACUGUGGCGACCCCAGAUGAAUAAAGGAACUAAGCGGAAGGUAAAUGAGUGAAUGAAAAUUGGCGUAUGUGAGACUGCAUAGGCUUUUCCCAGUCUUGAGUUGCAAAGGGCAUCCGCUGCGUAAAACAUAUGCUGGAAUAACUGGCGGUUCAUUCCACUGUGGCAACCCCUGAUAAAUAAAGUCGAAGGAAAAUGAAUGAAUGAAUUUUGCUGGUGCAUAUAGCUAUUUUUAGGUAAACAAAUAAUCUAUGCAUG